GCGGGGCCGGAGCGGGGCCGGGCGGCCCAUGGGGCCGGGCCGCGCUGCCGAUGGAGCCGCCGCGCAGCUGUGGCGAUGGCGCGGAGGACGAGAAGAAGCCGCGGCGGCGGGCCGGCGGUGCGGACGCCGGGCCCUCCCAGCUGCGGCGGCGGAGCAGCGGCGGCGCGGCGGGCGCGGACGGCGCGGCCGGUCCGCAGCCCCGCGAGCGCGGCGGGUCCGUGAGCCGGCAGCGGCGGGACUCGGUCCGCAAGAACCGCCCGCUCUUCCCUUGGUUUGGCUUGGACAUCGGAGGCACCUUGGUCAAACUGGUUUAUUUUGAACCCAAGGACAUCACAGCCGAAGAAGAAGAGGAAGAAGUGGAAAACCUGAAAAGCAUCCGCAAAUACCUGACAUCCAACGUAGCCUACGGCUCCACAGGCAUCCGGGAUGUGCACCUUGAGCUCAAGGAGCUAACCCUGUGUGGACGUAAAGGCAAUCUGCACUUUAUACGCUUUCCUACUCAUGACAUGCCUGCUUUUAUCCAAAUGGGGAGCGAAAAGCACUUCUCAAGCCUCCAUACUACCUUAUGUGCCACGGGAGGUGGAGCGUACAAAUUUGAGCAGGACUUUCGCACAAUGGGUGACCUUGAGCUUUGUAAGCUGGAUGAGCUGGAUUGCCUUGUUAAAGGAAUGCUGUACAUUGACUCUGUGGGAUUCAAUGGACACUCUGAGUGUUACUAUUUUGAGAACCCCACGGAUGCUGAGAGGUGCCAGAAGCUCCCAUUCAACCUGGAGAAUCCCUAUCCUCUCCUUCUGGUGAACAUUGGCUCAGGGGUCAGCAUUUUGGCUGUCUAUUCCAAAGACAACUAUAAACGGGUAACAGGCACCAGCCUUGGAGGGGGAACCUUCUUUGGCCUCUGCUGCCUUCUGACAGGCUGCUCCACGUUUGAGGAGGCCCUGGAGAUGGCAUCCCACGGGGACAGCACCAAGGUGGACAAACUGGUCAGGGACAUCUACGGGGGAGACUACGAGCGCUUCGGGCUGCCAGGCUGGGCUGUGGCAUCCAGCUUUGGAAACAUGGUGAGCAAGGAGAAGAGGGAAUCUGUCAGCAAGGAGGACCUGGCCAAGGCCACUUUAAUCACCAUCACCAACAACAUCGGCUCCAUAGCGCGGAUGUGUGCCCUGAACGAGAACAUCAACCGUGUGGUGUUUGUGGGCAACUUCCUUCGGAUCAACACCAUCUCCAUGAGGCUCCUGGCCUAUGCCCUGGACUACUGGUCAAAGGGACAGUUAAAAGCACUUUUCUUGGAACAUGAGGGUUACUUUGGUGCAGUUGGAGCUCUCCUGGGACUCCUGGACUCAGCCUGACUCUGUGGAUCUGUGUUGGACCUGUGGAUUCAGGGCACUCCCUGGGCCACUGAGCCCAUGUUUCUUGUCACAGCCCCCACUGUGGUGGCCUGUGGGGCCAGGUGUCUGUAAGAGAUGAAAUCAUCUGGGGUUACAGCAGAGGUUUGUUCCAGAGGAUGUGGUUGGAACACAGGGGCUGGAUGUGGGGUGUAUGGGAAGGGCUGUGGGACAUUUCAGUCACAUGGAAUUGCCCUUUGCAGGUAGCUUUACUCCAUGUUUAAUGAGGGUGACAGAGCAGAGCAGGGGCACUCUGCUCCUUCCCUUGGGAUCCCUUGGAGUCCCAGUGCCCAGGUCAGUUCUGUGUUCACAGCCAGAGCUGGAAGAUGGUCUGGGAAGGGAGAAGAGCAUCAGUGGCCACUGGGACACAGCUGUGCUGUCAGCCAGGCUUGCUUUAUCCCACAUGUCCUUAUCUCUGUCCUGGGGACAGAAGGUACAGCACAGCACGGAUCUGUGCCUCAGGGUGAGUCCCAUUUCAGCCUCCAGCACUCUCACACAUCCUCAGCACCCUUUGGGAUGGUGUCAGCCUUGAAAUCUAAAUCUGAGGAUGGAAUAGGGAUAUUCAUUGUUUGUUUUCUCUGUUACCAAACUUCACCAAAGAGACAUUUCCUUCAGUCACACUUGGAUCUCUGUAAUAUUCCAUGUUACAUUUAUUACUGGCUACACUCCUGUCAUUUUGGGGGAAUUCUCCCUUUUCCCUGCAUGCUGUACUUGCUCUUUGCCCUGUGCAUGCUGCCACACAGCCUGUGAGCAGGAUGCUGCAGUGUGGAGCCCCUGUGGAAGGGAUGGGGGUUGGAAUGGAUCCUGCACGCUCAAUAAACACUCUCUAAAAGCAAUGAGGUAUCUGCCCCUUCCCUGGGGAUGGGAGAGCAUGGAGACACCUCUGGAAGGGCUCUGGCUUCCCAGUGAGCAGCUCUGUGGAGCACAGGGAAAGCUUUUCAGAUCUUUCAGGUCAGGUGAUGGUGUCAGGGUUUAUCCCAGGGUAUCAGUGACCAUCACCCUGACCCCAACCCACCUUCCAGUGCUGGUUUCAUCCCAGAGAAUCCAAUUUCCAGCUGUGAUCCCUUGGGAUCCUGGCUGGAAGUGCUGGACAUCCAUCCCCAAGCCCUUCCCUGCCCUGUGAAUCCUGCCCAGCUCUGCCCUUUGCUGUAUCCAAGGUGGGUUCCUUGUGUGGCACCUCCCUCUGAGAAAGAGGAAACUGCAGAUUCAGAGGGUGUUUGUCUCAUCCUUCAGCUGCCUGUGAGCUGGGAUUCUCCACACAGCCAGGGAUUUGAUCACAGGGCUCAUGUGGAAGGUGAUCUGUGAGGGCUGGGAGCAGGAUCAAACAGCUCAGGGCAUGGUUGGGGUUGGAAGGGACCCCAAAGCCCCUCAUUCCAACCCUGCCAUGGGUGGGGACACCUUCCACUCCCUCAGGAUGUCCAGCUUAGCCUUGGACAUUUCCAAGGAUCCAGGGACAGCCACAGCUUCUCUGGCCACCCUGUUUGGGAUCAGCUGAAUCCAAGUUCCAUUUAUUCUUCAUUCCUUGUGAAAUCACCCAAAGCUUCCCAAACUCUCCAUUAAAACCAUCUCCAUUUCCAAAGUGCUGACUGAAGGGUUUCUACACUCAGCUCCUGCUGUGCCACCUAAAAUUUAACACCCACAUCCCUGGCUGGCCUUCCACCCACCCUCACAGCCAAAACUCAUGGGAAAGGCACAGAAACUUUGGCUUUUUGGAUUGUCUGUGUGCCUGGGACUUGUGUGGCUCCUUCAGGUAACAGGUCAGAUGCAGCAUGGUCUGAUCCCAGCACCAAAGUUCCUGGCUUAUUGUCUAUCCUUUUUUUUUUUUUUUUGUAAACUGCUUGGUUUUUUCUUCUUGUUAUAAAAUAUUACAGUUAUUUUUAUAUGCUUCA